GUUAUACGACCGAGGACGGAGAUACCUUGCUUCGGAAUCUAGUUCUAUCCAUUGCAAAAGUGUGGUCGUCAGAUGAAGCAUUUUCAUGUAUAACUUGUAGAUAAUGACAAUAGCACAUCUACGGUCGGCUUGCGCGAACUCGCUUGCUUCGAGUUUGUCAAUUGUGCAUGACGAAUUCCUAGAGCAAAGUGGUGGUUUUUCGCAUCAGAUGCGUUAACCAGGACGUCGAUGUAACGAAUAUUUAUUAGUUUGCUGACCGCUCUUCAACAGGUACAGGAGACAGAGAACCACACUCACGUGGAAUCUAAAACUCUGUUUACGGCUUCGUGCAAAUGCAACAGCGACUCUUUUUCUCUUGGAUUUGAUAAGUCCUGGUGCGCUGCAACACGUGCCCAAAACGCCAUUUGGUUUGUGCAACACUGGAAACGGUGGUACGGCAUUUUCCACAAUUCAAAUGCAAACUUAUCACACACGAGCACGAUCUGGGAUGAUACUUGCGUUCAGGACCGAGAAGAUUGAUCAGGCGCAAAAUCGCCACGAUUUCUGUAUACAUAUUGCACACUUAUGACAAAAAGUUUUUAUUUCAUCACAUGGAGCUCAUGGUGUUGCUGUUGCUGAUACAUAUGCACUCAGUUGCAGUUCCCAACGCUGGUGACGCAGCCUAGCUCGCCUUUGGUUGUGGAAGUGAAGCUUAUGUAUGUAAUACUCGCGUCUUUCUUUUUGGUUUUCGCUUUGGUGGCAAUGUCCCAGCUACCAUUUGCAUAAAGCACCUUGACGGUGGCGUCAGCUGUGAAGAGUAUGGCGCGCUCAGCUGUGAGGACACGACGCUCGACUGUAUCAGGCAAGCCGCAUUUUUUUGUCGCUCCUACCGCAAGGGUGCAAGAAAACUGAAGAGAACAGUGAAGUUUUUCUUGCAUGGCGAACUCAAAGUGGAGUACGUCUUGAUGCAUUUUGCUGGAGGAAAAACGCCUCUGGGGGUGUAUGUUCAUCCUAAUAUCGGGGAGGAAACAGAAAAAACUACACCUAGCAACGAUCGAAAUAAAAAAACUUGUGCGCAGGCUUUCAGGGAGUGCGCGGUACUAGAACCGCCCAAAACUUGGUCAGGGCGGGGAGUGUCCCAGCUGAGAAGGCCAUAAGGGAGUGACAGAGAAUCUCACCAUCGUGCGACAGAUCCGUGAAGGACCGCUAACCCGAUUGAUGGAAACCUAUCGGGUCGAGGGAUGUAAGCUGCCGAAGGCUCCCUUCCUGUACGCGCAAGCGAGCCUUCUUAUGCAAGAACUGCAGCUGCAGAGGCGCCAGCGUCACCAGCAAGG